AUGGACCAGCUUCCGACCGUGGACGAGAGCCAGGAUGCCGAGAUCGAUGAGACGCUGCAGAUCCAUCAGGAAGACUCCUGGGUCAUCAUCGACAGUUUCUUCCAGGAGAAGGGACUGGUCUUCCAGCAGUUGGGGUCAUUCGACCAGUUCAUCGUCUAUGAGAUGCAGCGGGUUGUUGAUGCUCAGACGCCCAUCGAGUGCACCCCACAGGACCAGUAUCACCCGGAGGAGAAGGUUGACAGCAGGAAAACGUAUGUGUGGAAGUUCGGGCAACUGCACUUCAACAAGCCCACCGUGGACGAGGUGGAUGGCACAGCACUGCAGCUCACACCGCGAGAGGCGCGCUUGCGAAACCUGUCCUAUGCUGCGCCGGUCUUCGUGGACAUUGAGCGAAAGGUCUACCAAGUCAACGAUGACGGCGAGAGGACGUUGACUCAAGAGGACAACUACUCCAAGGUCUUCCUCAUGAGGAUGCCCAUCAUGGUGAGGACCGAGUAUUGUUGGCUUAAAGAUGCCAAUGACCGUCAACUUACCGAGUUUGGUGAGUGCCCGCUUGACCAGGGUGGUUACUUCGUCAUAAAUGGCUCCGAGAAGGUGUUGAUCGCGUUGGAGCGAAUGGCAAACAAUUUUGUCUAUGCCUUCGCCAAGAAGCAACCUUCAAAGUACGCUUGGGUCUGCGAAAUCCGCUCUGCCCUUUUUGAAGGCUCCGCCGGCAACUCGGGCUUUGCUGUGAAGCUCUGCACCAACAUGGGUUCCAAAUCCAUGUGCCGGGGCCAACUAGUUUGCACCUGCCCUUACAUCCGAACAGAGAUCCCACUGGUGAUCAUGUUCCGUGCUCUGGGCAUUGUAGCUGACAGAGACAUUCUAGAGCGCAUCGUGUUCGACAUGAGCGACUUUGCAAUGCUGAAUGCUUGCAGGCUCUCUAUCGAGGAUGCGGCUCCAAUAUCUACGCAGGAAAUGGCACUGGACUACAUCGCGAAGCGUGGACCCACAAUGGGCGCUACGCGGGAUGUGCGCAUCCAGUAUGCCCGCGAGCUGCUCCAAAAGGAGCUGCUGCCGCAUAUUGGCAGGACGCGCAACAUUGAAGGCCGAAAAGCUUACUUUAUUGGGUACAUGACCAACCGGCUUUUGCUGGGUUUCUUGGGGCGCAACCCAGAGGAUGAUCGAGAUCACUUUGGGAAGAAGCGGAUUGACCUGGCGGGUGCGCUCGUGUCUGCUUCCUUCACUGGUCUUUGGCGAAAAAGUGUCAAGGACCUGAGGAAACUGCUGCAAAGACAACUGGACAAGGGCAAGAUCCCGGACAUAGUGGAGUGUGUGAAGCAGGCCUCCUGCCUCAGCCAGGGAAUGAAAUACCAGUUCGCGACUGGCAAUUGGGGCCAGGACAAGCAGGGGAAGCCAGUUCGAACUGGCAUUUCUCAGGGAUUGAAUCGUCUGACCUUCAUGGCAACUCUCUCCCAUCUCAGGCGGAUGAUCACGCCAUUGGCACGAUCAGGGAAGCUUGUCAAGCCCAGGCAGCUUCACAACACCCACUGGGGUCUCGUGUGCCCAGCAGAGACGCCGGAGGGACAGGCAGUAGGCUUGGUGAAGAACAUCUCGCUGAUGUGCUGGAUUACGCUCGGGUCGGCGCAGACCAUUAUCGAGGAUUUUCUGGACGAGUGGGGGGUCCUCGACUUGAUGGAAUGCACACCUGACCACAUCAAGACCUAUUCCAAGGUGUUCCUGAACGGGAUAUGGGUGGGCAUGCACAAGAACCCCGCGGAGUUGAGGAACACACUUCAGAGCUUGCGACGCAGAAAAGAUGUGGACUCGGAGGUGUCUAUCCAGCAGGACUUGAAGAACAACGAGAUCCGCAUCUCCUCGGAUUGUGGAAGGUGUUCACGGCCUCUGUACAUCGUGGAUUACGAGCAACAAAAAGUCUUGAUCAACAGAACUCAUGUCGACAAGGUCAAAAGCGGGGAGUGGGAGUGGGGUACUCUCAUGCGUGAGGGGCUCAUCGAGUACCUAGAUGCCGAAGAGGAGGAGUGUUCAAUGAUCGCUAUGUUCAUACACGAUCUCGUCAAGACCAGGGCCUACUGUAAGACGUACACCCACGCAGAGAUUCAUCCGGCCAUGAUCUUCGGGAUCUGUGCAUCCAUCAUCCCAUUCCCGGACCAUAACAUGAGUCCGAGGAAUGUUUUCCAAUCUGCGAUGGGCAAGCAGGCAAUCGGUGUCUUUGGCACGAAUUUCUACGCCAGAAUGGAUACGUUUGCGUGCGUCAUGUGCUACCCUAUGAAGCCGUUCGUGGGAACGCGAUCCAUGAACUACCUGCGCUUCCGGGAGAUGCCAGCGGGUGUGAACACUAUCGUCAUGAUUAUGUGCUACACAGGCUACAAUCAGGAAGAUUCCCUGAUGCUGAGUCAAUCUGCAGUGGACCGUGGCUUCAUGAGAGCAGUCUCAUACCGGUGUUACGCUGCAGAGGAGAAAUGGGAAGGGAAGAAACCUGUUGACGAGUUUGGCCGCCCGCAGGAACUUCGCACCCUUGGGAUCAAGAACGGUGACUACAGCAAGCUGGAUGCCGAUGGUCUUGCCGAACCGGCAACCCGAAUUCUCGGUGAUGAUGUGCUAAUUGGUCGAACAUCCGUCCUGCCUCCCGACAUGAUCCGGGAUGAUGUGGGGCCCAAGAGGUUCGACAGAAAGGACAGCUCGGUCCUAUGCCGAACGGCAGAGAGUGGCAUCGUGGACCAGGUCAUGGUCAGCCUGAACAAAGAUGGGUACAAGUUCACGAAAGUUCGCCUCAGGACACUAAAGAUUCCGGAGGUUGGAGACAAGUUUGCAUCCCGCCACGGUCAGAAAGGAACGCUGGGCAUCAUGUACCGUCAAGAGGACUUGCCCUUCACCCACUUCGGGAUCACGCCAGACAUCAUCAUGAACCCGCACGCCAUUCCAUCUCGGAUGACAAUUGGCCAUUUGGUCGAGCAGCUCACCGGAAAGGUUGGCGCUUUGGUUGGCUGCCAGGGGGAUGCCACGCCCUUCACCCGAGUAACGGUGAAGGACAUCUCCAGCAGGCUGCAUGACAUGGGCUUCCAGCGCUUCGGAAACGAAAAGGUCUGGAACGGACACACUGGGCGGCCACUCACUAACAAGAUCUUCGUCGGGCCUGUGUACUAUCAGCGCCUGAAGCACAUGGUGAGCGACAAGGUCCAGUCGAGAUCCAGAGGGCCUGUGCAAACAUUGGUCAGACAGCCAACAGAAGGCCGUGCCAAAGAAGGCGGCCUGCGAUUUGGAGAGAUGGAGCGUGAUUGCAUCAUCUCCCACGGAGCAGCCAAAUUCCUUAAGGAAAGGCUUUUCGAUGUCUCUGAUGCACACAGAGUCCAUGUGUGCGACAAGUGUGGUCUUUUUGCUAUCGCGCGAUUAAGCAAAGACACCUACGAGUGCAAGAUCUGCAAGGAUGCGGCAAGAGUGUCACAGGUUUGCCUCCCGUACGCUUGCAAGCUCAUGAUCCAAGAGCUCAUGACCAUGAACAUCUUGCCACGACUGACCUUGGUCGUGCAGUGA